GGCGACUCUGUACACAGCGGAUCGCUGGCUGUCCUGCUCGCACACUGGGCUCCAUCAAGUCGCUGCAGUUAUAGCGGUCACUCUAUCCAAGCGCCGCUGCCUUGCGAGGUGUCCUCUCAAGAAGGCUGCAAGUUCAGGGGUUAGAGUAGUACCAGAGAGGAGUGACAUCAUAUGCCUUGGAACUCUCUCAGUAGUGACUGAAGAUGGACCCACCUAUGGAGAUUCAGUCACCCUCUGACUUCCAGCCAUGAGUAUCACCACCCACCAUCAUUCCUUGAGCACCUGCUGUGUGCUGGGCGCUGUUCUGAACCUUGUGGGGGGAAUCACAAGAGAUAAAAGGCACGGUCCUUGUCCUCAAGCAGCUUGUAAUUUGAUUUGGGAGCUGAAGCCCACAUAAAUGAAGCGGCAUAAAAACGGUAACAAGCAGGAUUUCACUAGAAUGGGUACUACUAGGAAAAAGGUUCAAGCGUUUGUCCGCAUCAAGCCUACUGAUGACUUUGCUCAUGAAAUGAUCAAAUUUGGAGAUGACAACAAAAGCAUUGAUAUUCACUUGAAAAAAGAUUCUCGAAGAGGAGUUGUCAAUAACCAGCAGACAGACUGGUCAUUCAAGCUGGAUGGAGUUCUUCAUGACACCUCCCAGGAUUUGGUUUAUGAGAUGGUUGCCAGGGAAGCGGUUUCUCAAGCCCUCGAUGGAUACAAUGGUACCAUCAUGUGUUAUGGGCAGACGGGAGCUGGCAAGACAUACACCAUGACGGGAGCAACUGAGAAUUACAAGCACCGGGGUAUUCUGCCUCGUGCCCUGCAGCAGAUUUUCAGGAUGAUUGAAGAGCGGCCCACACAGGCCAUCACUGUACGUGUUUCCUACCUGGAAAUCUAUAAUGAGAACCUGUUUGACCUCCUGUCCACUCUGCCGUAUGUUGGACCCUCAGUCACACCAAUGACCAUCGUGGAAAACCCUCAGGGGGUCUUCAUUAAGGGCUUGUCGGUCCACCUCACAAGUCAAGAGGAGGAUGCAUUCAGCCUCCUCUUUGAGGGAGAGACCAACAGGAUCAUCGCCUCCCACACAAUGAACAAAAAUUCAUCCAGGUCACACUGCAUUUUCACCAUCUACAUGGAGGCCCAUUCUCGGACCUUAUCAGAUGAAAAGUAUAUCACUUCCAAAAUCAACUUGGUAGAUCUUGCAGGCUCAGAGAGGCUCGGCAAGACAGGGUCGGAAGGUAGAGUCCUAAAGGAGGCCACCUACAUCAACAAGUCACUGUCGUUCCUGGAGCAGGCCAUCAUCGCCCUUGGCGACCAGAAGCGGGACCACAUCCCUUUCCGGCAGUGCAAGCUCACCCAUGCCCUGAAAGACUCCUUAGGGGGAAACUGCAAUAUGGUCCUUGUGACAAACAUCUAUGGAGAAGCUGCCCAGUUAGAAGAAACGUUGUCAUCACUGAGGUUUGCCAGCAGGAUGAAGCUGGUCACUACUGAGCCUGCCAUCAACGAGAAGUAUGAUGCUGAGAGAAUGGUCAAGAACUUGGAAAAAGAGCUGGCAUUGCUUAAGCAGGAACUGGCCAUCCAUGAUAGUCUGUCCAACCGCGCCCUCGUGAAUUACGACCCCAUGGAUGAGAUCCAGAUUGCUGAGAUCAACUCCCAAGUGCGGAGGUACCUGGAGGGGACACUGGACGAGAUUGACAUAAUCAAUCUAAGACAGAUUCAGGAGGUAUUCAACCAGUUCCGAGUGGUUCUGAGCCAACAGGAGCAGGAAAUAGAGUCUGCCUUGCGCAGGAAGUACACUCUCAUAGACAAGAAUGACUUUGCAGCCAUUUCUGCUGUCCAGAAGGCAGGGCUUAUGGAUUUGAAAGGUCAGCUGGUGGGUGAGCCCGAUGGACAAAGCUUUGGACUUGGGGUUGCUUCUUUUGCUGCCAAACCUGGGAAGAAACCCAAGUCCAAGAAGACAGUGAAAGACCAGUUCAGCGCCUUAGCAAGAAAGGAAGGUGCCAGCAGUCCUGUGAGUGGCAAGGACCUUGAUACGAUUUCCAUCUCUAAGACCCAGCUGAUCUCUUCUUCCAAAGAUGGGGAUAUCAAAGACAUGAUUCAACGUGACAGAGAGCCUUCCCUGGCUGAGCCCCUUUCCUCAGACUCUCCAAAGGAUGAAGCACGCCCACCCAGACCUAGUACCCCACCCUCUAAGCCUGUGGCCUUUGAAGAGUUUAAGAAUGAACGAGGUAGUGAGAUCAACCGUAUCUUCAAAGAAAACAAAUCCAUCUUAAAUGAACGAAGGAAAAGGGCCAGCGAGACAACCCAGCGUAUCAAUGCCAUCAAGAGGGAGAUUGACGUGACCAAAGAUGCACUGAAUUUCCAAAAGUCACUACGGGAGAAGCAAGGUGAGUAUGAGAACAAAGGCCUGAUGAUCAUCGAUGAGGAGGAAUUCCUGCUGAUCUUGAAGCUCAAAGACCUGAAGCAGCAGUAUCGAAAUGAGUACCAAGAAUUGCGAGACCUCAGGGCCGAGAUCCAGUACUGCCAGCGCCUGGUGGACCAGUGUCGGCAUCGCCUGCUCAUGGAAUUUGACAUCUGGUACAAUGAGUCUUUUGUCAUUCCGGAAGAUGUUCAGGCAGCACUGAAGUCGGGCAGCGGCAUCCGGCCAGGCAUGGUGCCUGUCAACAGGAUUUUGUCUCUGGGAGAAGAUGACCAGGACAGGUUCAACCAGCUGCAGCAGACUGUCCUGCCUGAGGGUCCUGAUUCCAUUUCCUUCUAUAAUGCCAAAGUCAAGACAGAACAGAAGCACAAUUAUAUGAAAGCCUUGGUGGGUCUCCAACAGUCCCACAGAAAAUAGUCUCAUCAAUAGCCUGAAGACCAGCAGCUCUAGUCUGUUUUAAGGAAGCUGCUACACACAUGCCCAGAGCUCCAGCCACCCUGCUGCAAGCUGAACCAAACCGAGAAACAGUCGCCUGCCUUCUGGGAAGGGUAUCCUCCCACCCUUACUCCUCUCCACAGAAUAUUUUUGAUUUUAAUUUGCUUCCACAUGAAAAAUCAAGAUAAAGUUACUUUCUAGUUUGGACUUUAAGUACUAUUCUAAAAAUUGUUUUAUUUCCUGUCUGAAAGGACAUCUUCCUUACAUACAGGUUGUGGCUUUAACAAAGUCCUAGUAUUUGCCUAGCAAGCAUGACACCUGAGAUUUGCUCCCCAGCAACACAUACACACUUGGGAUGAGAGAAGGCCUGGGAGUGUAGCUCAGUGGUAGAAUACUCUAGAAUUCAUAGCUUUCAUUUCCAACACCACCAGCAAUAGCCAAUAUUGUAGUUAGGCAUGAUGGGACAGGCCUGUAAUUCCAGCACUUGAGCGGUGGCAACAGGAGGAUCAGCAGUUCAGUCAUCCUCAGCUACAAAUCCAGUUCAAGGUCAGUCUGGACUAUCUCAAAAAGCCAUCAGAGCCUUGAUUGGAAAUUAAAACAGCAAUCUAGGCUCCUCCAGACAGUGUCUCCCUCUAGUCAGCCUCUCUUCAGUGGGCAUUCCGAGAUGAGCUUGGUCUGAAUGAUUCUUACAGUUCUCUCAACCCGUGCUUUCCCUGUGCCUGGCCUCUGAAGGCAGGGGGAAAUUCUCCUUCAGAUACAGUGACCUAUUAAAGGUGAGGCAGAACUGGGUCCCUAUGCCCAGGAGUGCAUGACCUUAGAUACCACAGCCUUUCUGGCCAAACACAUAUGUAGAAUAGGUGUUGUUGCAGCUUCUGUCUUGGCCCCUUCCUUUUCUUUCUCAGUGUGUGACUGCAGAUAAACACAAGUGAAGGCGACCAGGUCACUCAGGACAGCAAUAGGGAUCACACCAACAGGGCUGAUCAGGGAAGAGGAAACAUCACUUCUAAGUUCUCAAGCUCUGUGUUCUUGGUGAUGGUACCACUGGGAAAGAGCUCAGUGCUUUACUCAGGACAAACACUGGCCCCUUGGGGGUUUUUCAGCUGACCAGUGCAGUCUCUGCUGAGUGAGACAUUUUUUUGGAGCUUCUUUGUAAUCUUUUCUUCUGUUGUUGUGGGUCAAGGUUUUGACCUUGAACAUGGUAUCUUCCAUCUGAUACCCUUGCAUGCCCAGGAUGAUAGAGGCCUACAGUGGAAUUACCUGGAAGCUCUGAGGAGGGAAGCAGUGAGAGAAAAUAUUCCAGAUCACACCUCAGAGAUUAACUUCCAGCUGUUGGGUUACUCUCUAUGAGUUUUCUAUGAGGAAACAUGUAAAGAGCUGGGAGAGAAGACGUGGCUAAGUAGCCAAGACUGUUUAUUCUGCAAGCAUGAGGACCCAAGUCUCAAUACCCUAUACGUGCAAAAACAAAACAAAACAUGGCUGCAUGAGUGCUAGCCUCAGCACUGGAGUCCAGAGAAAAGCAGAUCAUUGUAGAAUGAUUAAUGUGAAUUUAAUUAUAAAUUAGUAUGGUGGCAGUUUAUCUUUAGCUAGCUACUGACCCAAAUAAAGAUACAUUGAGACUAUAAUUUAAUUAGCCUUGAGUACAAUAUUGAGCAAUUGUUACUCCAUCCUAAACCUUCAAGCUAGUCUAGCUUUCUCACAGCCAAAAUCUCCAUCAUAUUUGCAAUUUUUAAAAUCCUCGCCUGGCUCCAGUCCACUUCCCUUUUGCUUCCUGGACCUCUCCUUCAUGGCUCAAUCUCUUACUCCCUCUCUCACCCCCUUCUGGACCCAGUGCCCCACCCUAUUCUAUCUCUCAGCAUUGGCUGGUCAGCAUUUACUGGCAAAACAGUGUUUAUUAGGCAUAUUUACACAAACGAGACCUAACAGACAUUAAACAUUACAAUGCCAUGUUCUGAUUCAAACUAGAUAGUGGGAUAGAGAAAUCAGCAUUUGAAUAAACAAGGUUAACUUUAUAUAGUGCACAACAUUAUGCCAAUAGAUCCUGAAGAGCUUGCUGGGCAUCUAACAUAUCCUAAAUAAUGGGCUUCCUGUCCAGUGAGAGACCCUGUCUCACAGUAAUAAGACAGCAACAGUGGAAGACAACUGAUGUCCUGCUCUGACCUGGGUGUGGCAGGUACCCACACCCACAACUUGCAUGCACCACCCCACCUCCUAAACCAAUCCCUCUCAUCUCCUUCCUCUCCACCACCCCACCUCCUAAACCAAUCCCUCUCAUCUCCUUCUGCUCCACCACCCCACCUCCUAAACCAAUCCCUCUCAUCUCCUUCCACUCCAGGGUCUCACUAUGUAACUCAAAAGCUUGCUGGAACUCACAUUAAUCCUUUUGCCUCACCCUGACCAAGUGCUGUUAUUGGAGGCAUAUAUCACCACACUUGUCUCAAGGAAAGGUAUUUUCCUACCUAAGAGGAAGAGCCAUGUGACAGUAUCUCAGGUGUGGUUUCCAGGUAGACUAGAAGGGGAGUUGGUGUGUAUGAUCCCCUUUAUCAGGACUGUAGGAGUAAGUGUCCUAUCUCUGCCCGGAAGUCCUGCCUUCCUCUCCUACCUUGCUAUAGGCCACUCAGCUCUUUAUUAAACCAAUCAGGGCGAUGGAGAAGAAUGUGAUAAAACACUGGGACAGCUGAUGCCUCAUAAAGAUAAUAGCAAAGUCUGGCCUGCACACAACUCUCUGCUGGUACAGAAAUUAGCACCCGAAUAAUACAAAGACCUUUACACAGAAAAAUAUUCCAACAAAUAUAAUUUUGUGGUUAAUAGAUAUAAACAAGAUAGAACUAAUACACAACAAAGGCAUAGAAUUUGAAAGCAGAGGGGUAAGAAAUUGAAGUUUGCCAAGGUAAUCUUGUAUUAUAUGGGAAAGAGGAAAAAUAAUUUAUCCUUUAUUCUUUUAUAGGUACAAUGCUUUUCCAAUAGAAAAGGAUUGACUCUGCCAGGGUAAAGGUGUUUGUGUGAGUAUAAGAAGAAGGAUAUCAUUUCCCAAAUGUCACACUGAGCCCAGGGUCUUGUUGCUAAUGUCCUUGCCUGCCUUCUGACAAGGAACUACAUAAAGUCAUUGGACUGAAAACUUCCAGUUUGUCCUUUUAAGCCUGGAACAUUCCAGUUCAUUGAGACAGGUUCUUACCAUGUAGUGAGGCCAGCACUAUAUUUUCAGUCCUGACUGGAGUGCUGGGAUCACAGGUGGGCCACACUGACUCUCACAGACUCAGCAUCUGCUAAGGAGUUGAGACAACUCUCUGACAACCCUUAUUUGGGGAAAGGGUUAGGUAGAGAGGUAGGAAAGGAGCAGGUGGAUAGGGAGUGACCUCCCACUCAGUUCCAGCUGUAGACUCAAAGGGGAAUGAACUUUUCUCUUCCCAGCGCCUCAGUCAGGUUCCCAUUUGAGUGAGUCAGAACUCUGGCCUGGGUACACAGGAAAAAAACAAAAGCAAAACCUUGCCAUUUAGGAAAACAAGAUACCACCCAGUGAUAUCUUAGGACAUAUCUAAGUUCUUAUGUGUUGUAUCAGUCAAUAUACUGUAUAUUCAUACAUAUAUUAGUCAGCAUAUUAGCUCAAAAUUGCCUCUGAAUAGUUCAGGUAGAGACUGCUUGCUUAGUGUUCUAGUUUCAUUCUGUUGCUGUGAUAAAACACUGUGACCAAAAGCAACUUAGGGGAGGAGAUGGCUUACACUUCCAGGGCACAAUCCAUCACUUAGAAAAAUCAGACCAGAAAUUUGCUAAUGUUAUUAUACAGUCUUGGACCAGCUACAUAGGUAGGUGCUGUCCACAGUGGGCUAGGCCAUCCUCCAUCAGUAAGGUAACUUCCCCAGUGAAAUGCCACAGACCAAUCUGAUCUAGGCAAUUCCUCAACUGAGGCUUUCCUCUCAGAUAACUGUAGGCCAUAUAUGUCAAGUUGACAAAGCUAACUAGUAUACCUUACGUAUACAAGGCACUGGGUUCAAUUUGCAGCACUGGGAGGGAAAAAAAUUUACAAAUAGUUUUGGAGAAUGUGCUCAGGCAAUCAGAACAAUAGUGUUCUCCUGUCCUAAGUACAUUUCCCAUGUCUUCACCAAGCCCUAGAGCUUACCUGUGGGGAAUGACCAUGCUUUGGCUUUCUUCCCUUUUUCAUGAGACACUAGUAGCUAUUGGGUUUCAGACCCAAGACAAGCAGCUCAGGUGCCUAUUUAACAUAUCAAAGUGGACAUGGCCUCCAGAUUCUCCCUUGGCCGGCAUAUCUCACCCUCUACACUGAACUUUCCAGCCCAGGGGUUAGGCCUCCCUCCCCCAGGCUCUUCACUAUACAAUCCAGACAUUUUGGUUCUCUCUCUUCUCUCAGAGUUUGCAUGCUCUUUCCACUCCGCCCUGCCCCCCCCCAACUUCUGUCUCCUUGGGUGACUUCCCUGACCCCAUUCCUUGGGACUGGUGAACCUGCCCGAGAGCUGUCCCCAAUAAACUUGCUUUUAUACUUUGA